AUGAUGGUGGUGGGUGGUGUGAUGGUCAAGCUUAAUCUUUCUCUUAUUACACAAAUACACACACAAAGAAAGUGAAUCAUGCUUUGAUGAGGUCAUUGAGGUCUGUCUUAUUCCAAUCAAGCCAUCUAUUCUCUUGACUCUGGGCAAAGGCAUGCAGUACAUAGCUACAUCAUUGGGUGGGAGUUGUCGACAGGCUCAGUCUCAGAGCUUGACUUCAUGUCUAAACCAACCACACCAUAAUGACUUAAAAACUCAGGGGUCGCAUCUGAAGGAGUGCUUAUCUGGGAUCAGGUCCUCCCUGUCUAUGUAGGCCUAAUCUUAUUCCUUGUGAUCUAAAAGGCUAAACUGAUUCUAAAUCAUUACUUCUAUUCAGAGUCAGAGCUAUGACAUGACAGCACCGAUACUAUAGAACACCUCAGUUGAAGCUUGCUCAUUUGACAUGCUGUAGCGUCUUUCAUUUGACCUCAUACGUCAGAGCAAUUUCAUACCCCUAGGCACAACUAUAGAAUGGUGGGUUGAUAAUGUGUAGUAACACCAUAAGCAAUGUAAAUACUAGGACAGGUGGAAGUAUGUUGUUGUCUUUUGGCUAGAUGUUGUUUACAUUCCCAAGGGGUUUUAUGCAUGUAUUACACAUUAUUACACUGCAAUCCAUUGACAGAUUUUGUGCUGUAUUUUCUCAGGUAUUGGAAAAGUACCCGAACACACCCAUGAGCCACAAAGAGAUCCUACAGGUGAUCCAGAGGGAGAGACUGAAAGAGAUCAGGUAAAUGAACCGUUUCUCAUAUGUCUUCUGUGUGUUCUCAAAGGAAAAGGUCCCUUCUUAGACUCGUUGUUUAGCUUCCUUUAGUCCCAAUCUCUGUUUGGACUUCAUUUUUGAUACACAGUUUGGACUUCAUUUUUGAUACACAGGAUCAGGGCCCCGUGUUCAUAAAGUGUCUCAAGUAUGAGUGCUGAUCCAUGAUCAGUUUUGUUAUUUUAUAUCGCAAUGAAUAAGAUUACAUGUACAGGGUGGGACCUGAUCCCAGAUAAGCACUCCUACUCUGAGACUCUUUAUGAAUAAAGGAUCAGCCCAGUUGUGUUUCUGAAGAGCCAGGCAUAAUGUCCUCUUUAUGAUUGAUUGCUCAUGUUCUUUCCCUUUUUAUGUUCAUUUUCUUGUUGGUAAUUAUUACAUUCACAUAAUUCUAAUGAUUUCAUUUCUUUUUUAAUUUUUUUCACUCUUGUCAUCUAGAAGGUAAGACAAAGCUAGUUUUGCCCAACUCCCUCUCUUGACAAACUCACUAAAAUGUUGUUUUGUUUUUUCAAUUGCAUGUUAUUUACAACUUGUAACAAGAAGAACAGCAUGGCAUUACGAACAUGUUAUUGCAUGUUAGGUAUUGUUAUUUCAGCCAGCACAGCUUAAUCAUUUCAUCAGUAGUUGUUAUACUCUGAAUACAGUACACUGGUGCUUGAUUCACACUAUAGGGCCAAACUGAGCCAGGCCAAGCCGAACUGUACUGGGUUGGCCAGCUAGGCCUGGCUAUGCAUCCACCAUAGUUGCUGAAACUAUGCUGGAAAUGGCAAUGUGAAAAGAAAAGGUCAGAGCCAGCACAGUACAGUUGAAGUCGGCUCUUUAUUGUGAACCAGGCAUUGCUGUCUCCUCCCUCCAGUGGCCUGUCAGCUGUCUGAUUCAUUGAGUGUAACUGGCUCUUCCCCUGUUAUCUAGUGGUACUUCCCCGCUGGCCUGUCUUAAUGCUAUGCUCCACACCAACUCUCGCGGUGAAGAAGGGAUCUUUUACAAAGUACCUGGACGAAUGGGGGUCUAUACACUGAAGGUCAGUUUCUAAUUUCUAUGACUCAAACGCAUGUAACAAAUGAAUGCUGACAAGUGAGAUUGACAUAGAGUUUUCAGAUAUGCCUUACAUUUUUUUUGUACUAAUAGUCAGUGUCACUUUGUAAAGAAUGAUGAGAUGUUAAAAGCAUGUAUGAUGACACUGCUUCUCUGUGGAAGGAGAGUGAAAAGUAGAGCAACAUUAUGAUACACACAGCAAGCUUAUCAAACAAUUACACAUUCACAUGAAUCAUUGUUCAUUGCUCUGAAUGUUAGGAGUCACUCAAAGCAGUCCGCGUUAUGGUGUUGUGUAAUAUCUUAUGGGGGUGUUUAAUAUCUUAUGGGGUGUUAAUAUCUUAUGGUGGUGUGUAAUAUCUUAUGGGGGUGUUUAAUAUCUUAUGGUGGUGUGUAAUAUCUUAUGGUGGUGUGUAAUAUCUUAUGGGGGUGUUUAAUAUCUUAUGGUGGUGUGUAAUAUCUUAUGGUGGUGUGUAAUAUCUUAUGGUGGUGUGUAAUAUCUUAUGGUGUGUGUAAUAUCUUAUGGUGGUGUGUAAUAUCUUAUGGUGGUGUGUAAUAUCUUAUGGUGGUUGUUGUAAUAUCUUAUGGUGGUGUGUAAUAUCUUAUGGGGUGUGUAAUAUCUUAUGGUGUUGUGUAAUAUCUUAUGGUGUUGUGUAAUAUCUUAUGGUGUUGUGUAAUAUCUUAUGGUGGUGUGUAAUAUCUUAUGGGGGUGUAAUAUCUUAUGGUGUGUGUAAAUAUCUUAUGGUGUGUGUUAUAUCUUAUGUGUGUGUAAUAUCUUAUGGGGGUGUGUAAUAUCUUAUGGUGGUGUGUAAUAUCUUAUGGUGGUGUAUAAUAUCUUAUGGUGGUGUGUAAUAUCUUAUGGUGGUGUGUAAUAUCUUAUGGGGGUGUAUAAUAUCUUAUGGUGGUGUGUAAUAUCUUAUGGUGGUGUGUAAUAUCUUAUGGGUGGUUGUGUAAUAUCUUAUGGUGUUGUGUAAUAUCUUAUGGUGUUGUGUAAUAUCUUAUGGUGUUGUGUAAUAUCUUAUGGUGGUGUGUAAUAUCUUAUGGUGGUGUGUAAUAUCUUAUGGGUGGUGUGUAAUAUCUUAUGGUGGUGUGUAAUAUCUUAUGGUGGUGUGUAAUAUCUUAUGGGGGUGUGUAAUAUCUUAUGGUGUUGUGUAAUAUCUUAUGGUGGUGUGUAAUAUCUUAUGGUGUUGUGUAAUAUCUUAUGGUGUGUGUAAUAUCUUAUGGUGGUGUGUAAUAUCUUAUGGGGGUGUGUAAUAUCUUAUGGUGGUGUGUAAUAUCUUAUGGGGGUGUGUAAUAUCUUAUGGUGGUGUGUAAUAUCUUAUGGUGGUGUGUAAUAUCUUAUGGUGGUGUGUAAUAUCUUAUGGUGUUGUGUAAUAUCUUAUGGUGGUGUGUAAUAUCUUAUGUGGUGUGUGUUGUUGUAAUAUCUUAUGGUGGUGUGUAAUAUCUUAUGGUGGUGUGUAAUAUCUUAUGGUGGUGUGUAAUAUCUUAUGGGGGUGUGUAAUAUCUUAUGGGGGUGUGUAAUAUCUUAUGGGGGUGUGUAAUAUCUUAUGGGGGUGUGUAAUAUCUUAUGGGGGUGUGUAAUAUCUUAUGGGGGUGUGUAAUAUCUUAUUGGGGUGUGUAAUAUCUUAUGGGGGUGUGUACUGUAUGUUAUAUAAUGUGUGUGUAUAUUAUGUAUACAAUGUGUACUGUAUGUUGUGUGUACUGUAAUUGGUUAAUACUAUGUAUAUGUUCUGUGUGCUAUGUGGUUGUGUAUAAUGUAAUAUAUGCCAGAUAAUUAGUGUAUAAUGUGUGUAUAUAUAUAUAUAUGUAUGUUGUGUGUCUGUGAGUAGAAGGACAUUGGGGAUGUGGUGAAGGAACUGUCUGAGGAGGGGUCAGAGGUGAAGGAGCUGUCUGAGGAGGGGUCAGAGGAGCUGUCUGAGGAGGGGUCGGAGGUGAAGGAGCUGUCUGAGGAGGGGUCAGAGGAGGACGGUAGUGAUAAUCUGUCUGAUUCCCAGAGAAGCACAGAGAACAACAACUACAACACUAACAACCAGGAGGGCAGGAGGGGACGGUGGAGGAGGAGAGGUACGCUACUACUUCACAAUAUAUUUACAACAUCACUCUCCUUUUAAUGAUGAGAUGGGGAGGAGGAGAGGUAGGAUAUACAGGUAACUGCCAAAAUAAAGGAAACACCAACAUACAGUGUCUUAAUAGGGUGUUGGGCCACCACGAGCCAGAACAGCUUCAAUGCACCUUGGCAUAGAUUCUACUGUAGAAGUUCCUGGAACUCUAUUGGAGGGAUGCGACAACAUUCUUCCACGAGAAAUUCCAUCAUUUGGUGUUUUGUUGAUGGUGGUGGAAAACGCUGUCUCAGGCACCGCUCCAGAAUCUUGUGACUGAGACGGACAUGGCAUAUGGUUUACAUCGUUUUCAUGCUCAUCAAACCAUUCAGUGACCACUCGUGUCCUGUGGAUGGGGGCAUUGUCAUCCUAUGGGGGCAUAGCCUGCCCCAGAGAGGAAGAGGCGGAGUGAAAGGUUUUACUCCACCCAAAAUCUGUCCACGAAAAGAAGCCCACGAAGUGAGGAGUCUUUGUAUGGAGGUCAAUGAUAGAGUAGAAUUUGGUAGUUACCUGUAUUUCAGCUUCACCUUUUCCCAUGAUGAUUAGGCUAUAUUAUUGCAGCACUUGAAAUUGACUGAAAUAGGUGCUGAUGCUCAUUUGGGUGCCGACCAUACUCUUUAUAUUUUGGUGCCGGUCCACCCAAGCACUAAGUUUGGUGGUGUUUCUAUUUUCACUAUUGAGUUUGCAGCUUUACAUCUUGUGAUAAAUACUGUACAUACAUCAGACUGUUUCCCAUCUUAGUAACACUUUAGAAGGAGAUGAAGUUUCGGCCAUUUCUGUCAUUAUUUCUCUCCUGUUAUAACAGGAAAUAGUUUUUUUUAUUUUUUAUUAUGUUUGUGCCAGAUCUGUGAACACUUCCUCAUGUACACAUAUGAACGAGUUAAGGAACCGUUGAAACAAAGUAAUAGCAUAUCUUCUGAACACAAGGAUAUCUUGUUUUCUGUUUCUGUUUUCUGUUGUUAUUGUUUUUAAUACCAAUGCAAAAAAAUCCAUCCGAGCAAAUGCUAUCAAAAGAACCACAGAGACACAAGUCAAAGGGUUACAGCUACGGUGAGUGAGAAAUGAACGCGCAAGCCUUGUAAAAAAACAGGAAAUAACUGUUGUUUUAAGUAAGCUUACUACUAACAGGUGGGGUUUUUUGGCGGUUGAAAAGACAAAGAUUCUUCGUUUAAAAAAUCUAGGCCAAAUGUUUGUGUAUGUUUUCUUCAAUCUUUUAAUUAAUUAAAUAUCUAGAUGCAACAUAGAUUUGAUAGUGUAUGAGGUCAAAAAAACAUAUCUGCUUUGGUAUAUCCAUCUUAAAGAUGAACUGAAACACUAAAAUCAGCAGCCAACUUGUGUUUUCUUGUUGAUGUUAUCAGCUUUUUGGAUGUGAACAUUGGGGGUUGAUGUUUCUAAGCCUAAUAAUGUGUUGUUCACUGUCUGUCUAAGUUGUGCUAUGUUGUGUUUCCUUCCCAGGGCCCUCCAAGCUGCCGCCUGAUCCUUCGUCUCCUCAGCCACGCUGUUCAUCUCCCUCUGUCCCCAGCAGCAAGCUCAUCUCUCCCUCACAGAAACACAGCAAGAAGGCCCUCAAACAGGUAUUGCCCUCGGUCUCGAUUUCACUGGUUAAUAGAAAUGUCAAAUAUUUUUUUUUCUCAACCAGACUAACCUGGGUAAAUAAAGGUUAAAUAAAGUACUGCUGCUGACCUGUUGCCUCCUGAGUCUCAGUGAUGCUCCCUGUGCUAAUAUAGCUCUAAUUGCUGUAAUUUGGCUAAAGACACCAGUUUUGUAGAAUAAAACACCAGUUUUGUAGACUAAAACACCAGUUUUGUAGACUAAAACACCUGUUUUGUAGAAUUAAACACCCGUUUUGUAGACUAAAACACCUGUUUUGUAGAAUUAAACACCAGUUUUGUAGAAUAAAUGCACGCAUGACGUUCACGGUGCUUGUUAAAUUUAACUGCUUCUUUGUUACAAAAACAUAUUGUGUAAGUAAUUUUAAAACAUAAUGGGAUGUGGGUGAGAGGGGAAAAUAAACGCCUUUGUAUUCAUUUCCUCACAAACCAUUGGUCACAAUAUGCAUCUGAAAUAGCACCCUAUUCCCUAUAUAGUGCACUACUUUUUACUAGAGCCCUAUGCUGGCCCUGGUCAAAAGUAGUGCACUAUAUAGGGUGCCAUUGUGGACGCACAAUUAGCCUUUUGUGCUCCACAUAAUUAGAUUUCAGUUGAUUGCACAGAUCGUAAUUAAUUCCAUCUGCACUGCUGUGGAAUUUUCAGCUGUGUGUGUGUGUAAGAACAGUUUUAUGGGUUUAUUAGGCAAAAAGAAACCCCAGUCAGAUGAAGAUUUGGCUCCAAGGUGAGGCACACAGAGUAGAGUAGACAGUGGGUGUAUUUUCCAUCUGUAACUGUUAUACUGUAACAAUAGAGAGAAGGAAGAAUAGUGAAUGAUUUGGUCACGUGAAAAUGUAGGCUAAUGCCACUUAUUUCAUUGUGGAGUUUUUUUAAAUCACUUGCCUGUUAUACAGUAUGACUAAUUUGCGAUAGUGGAAGUGGUGAUGAUUCUAGACUACAUCACAUAAUAUACACUACACAUUUGGUUCAAAAUGUAAAUUAUAAACUGGGUGGUCGAGCCCUGAAUGCUGAUUGGCUGACAGCCGUGGUAUAUCAGACUGUAUACCACAGGUAUGAGAAAACAUGUAUUUUUACUGUUCUAAUUACAUUGGUAACCAGUUUAUAAUAGCAAUAAGGCACCUCGGGGGUUUGUGGCAUAUGGCCAAUAUACCAUGGCUAAGGGCUGUAUCUGCGUUGUGUCUGUAUCCGCUUUGUGUCGUGCAUAAGAACAGUCCUUAGCUGUGGUAUAUUGGCCAUAUACCACACCCCCUCGGGCCUUAAUGCUUAAUUAUGCCACGUAGAGUCUAUGACAGGAGCUGACAUUCAUCACUGGUAAAUAAUCUAUUAUUUUCCUUCUUCCUCUUCUCUGUUCCACAGGCCCUGAAGCAGCAGCAGCAGAGGAACCAGCGGAGACAUGUGGGCAUGCCCACAACCUCCAGCCCUAGACUACUCCUUAAGACUGUCAAGGACAUGGCUGACACCAUCGCCACUAAGACCGGUAGGUGUCUGACGUCGACAUAUCCAGUACAGUAUGUUGUUUAUAUACAUCCUUAGUAGAAGCCUACAGGAAACACAAACAAUCCCUAUCGAUGAUGAUCAGUGGUCAUCUCACAUCUAACACUAGUCUCUACCCUUAUACAAAGCAGUGUGGUUAUAGCUUUCUUUCUUAUCCAGUUCCAAAAAAAUGAUUUUAAAUGUAGUGUAUCCAUUUGUGUGGCUGAAUUGUGUUUAAAUCAAAUCAAAUCAUGUUCCUCUCUCUCUCUGUCUGUCCAAGCAGACUCCUGUCCUGCUGCUGGUACCAGGAAGAUGUCCCAGAGGUCAAGUCGACUCAGUGCACGUCAGUAGUAGAGUCAUCCAGCUUGUCUUUGUCAUUUAAAUAUAGUAGGCGUAUACAUGCCAGUCUGUUGGCCUGGUCCCAGAUCUGUUUGUGCUGUCUUGCCAACUCCUAUAGUCAUUGACAUGCCAAACAUAGCAACAACCAUAGGAGUUGUCUACAGCACAAACAGAUAGAACCAAGCUCAGUAUAGUACCAAGUCUCUGUAUCCUCUCUUGUUCUUUUGUAUGAUUUACUGUUCUCUUGUGUUGUUGUCUCCAGGGCAACUGAAGCGUACCAAAUGUGCAGAGAUAGACGUUGAGACACCAGACUCUAUCCUGGUUAACACCAACCUACGUGCCCUGAUCAACAAACACACCUUCUCUGUCCUGCCCACAGAGUGCCAACAAAGUCUACUCACACUACUGCCUGAGGUCGACCAACAGGUGGGGACAUACUAGUCAUCAUUAGGUCUCUGCUACCUGAGGUCGACCAACAGGUGGGGACAUACUAGUCAUCAUUAGGUCUCUGCUGCCUGAGGUCGACCAACAGGUGGGGACAUACUAGUCAUCAUUAGGUCUCUGCUGCCUGAGGUCGACCAACAGGUGGGGACAUACUAGUCAUCAUUAGGUCUCUGCUGCCUGAGGUCGACCAACAGGUGGGGACAUACUAGUCAUCAUUAGGUCUCUGCUACCUGAGGUCGACCAACAGGUGGGGACAUAUUAGUCAUCAUUAGGUCUCUGCUGCCUGAGGUCGACCAACAGGUGGGGACAUAUUAGUCAUCAUUAGGUCUCUAGCGACAGAGAGGUUUAAAACCAAGAGACUCAACAUGCGAUUAAUUCCUGUAAUCGUCCACCUGUAUAAUUCCUGUAUUCAUUAUUCGGAUUCCGUUGCAAAACGUUUGGUCUGUUGCGAAACGUUUUGCAACGGAAACCGUUUACUCCAAAUGGAAAAUGUUUUGCAAAGAAAACUGAAGUUUAUGUUGAACAGUUUCAGGUAGGUUCCUCCCCGUUUCGUUCCGUUUGCUCUGUUUGGUUCCUGGAGUAAACGGUAAACGGUUUCCGUUGCAAAACGUUUUUCAACAGACAAAACAUUUUGCAACGGGAUCCGACUAAUGAAUACACCCCAGGUACCAGGUAUUUGCAGGACAUAAUCGCAAAUACUGAUGAUGGUAAUGAAGAUGAUGGUGAUGAUGAUGAUGAUGAUGAUAGGGAUAAUAAUUGCUGCAGUUUGAUGAUGAUGAUGGUGAGGAGGAUGGUGAGGAGGAUAUUGAUAAUGAUGAUUAUGAUAGUGAUAAUGAUGCUGCAGCUUGUGAUGAUGAUUAUGAGAGUGAUAGUGAUAAUGAUGGUGAUGAUGAUGCUGCUGCUUGUGAUAAUGAUGAUGAUGGUGAUAGUGAUGAUGUACAUACAUAUUUCUGUCUGUAUCUCUAGGUCUGUAUGGAUGGUCUGUUGAAGGUCACCAGUUCUGCCUUGAACAAUGAGUUUUUCACAUCAGCAGCUCAGUCCUGGAAGGAACGACUGGCAGAAGGUCAGUCCUUCUAGCCUGGUCUGAGAUCUGUUUGUGCUGCCUUGCUAAUGGUCAUUGGCUUGAUAAUGACCAUUGGCAAGACCGCACAAACAGAUCUUGGACCAGGCUAUUGUGUUUAUGCUUCAAAAUAGAACAUGGAUAAAAUGUGUUAAUACUCACCUUUUUAAAGUUUUCAUUAAACAUGAUAUUUUUCAUAUUUCCAUAAACUCGGUUUUUAAAUGUCUCGUAAAACUUUUUAUAUUUUCCAAACCACCCAGGUGAGUUCACUCCUGAGUUGCAGCUGAGAAUGCGUCAGGAGAUUGAAAAGGAGAAGAAGGUGGAGCAUUGGAAGGAGAGCUUCUUUGAGAGCUACUAUGGUGAAAAGUAAGUCAUUUUUCAGGGCUUGAAUCUUUAAAAUAUAAGGCAAUUCUUGUUAUAUAAAGCUUUAUUUCUCAGAGACCAAACUUGCUACUUGUAAUUUAUAUACUUUCAACAUUCUUGAUUUAUCCUUUCUUUAUGCAAUUGUCUGAUCUCGCUCUCUCUCUCUCUCUCUCUCUCUCUCUCUCUCUCUCUCUCUCUCAUUCUCUAUGUCUCCCUCCCUCCCUCUGUUCCUAUCCAGCUCUGGACUCAGCUUAGAGGAAUCCAAAGAGCUGCUUGAAUCUGGUCUCAGUCUGGAGCUCUCAGCCACCAAAGCCCAGUCGUCUCCUCCAACACAGCCACGUCCUGCUGGUCCACCACUGCUAGAUCCCAAGAUCCCUGCUAACAGCUGCCAGACUCGCUCUUCAGAGAGGAGGCUCCGAUCAUCAUCACUGCCCAUAAACCCGACAUGUAAACCAAUAGAACCUCCAUAUAAACCUAUAGAGCCUCCCAAGCCAAGGCCAGAGCCAGAGCCUGUUCAAGAAGAACCAGUACCAGUCCCACCCGUUGUACUACCAGUUGUACUACCGGUGCUGCCAGCGAAGAUCGUUCAGAAGACACUGGAGGUUGAGUACCCCAGACACAGGACUCGUAGCAGAGGUUUAUCCCUACCUAUAGUGGCAGUGGAGGCAGCUGUUGUGCGGAGACAGGAUGUGGUGAACUCAACCUCAACGGUUCCACUUGGAGAGAAGCAGAAGGAGGAAGAGGAGGAGCAGGAUUUGAAAGAAGCCCAGCCGGAGACCCCCCAGUCCCCUAAGAUCCCCCCAUCCCCUGAGAUCAGCCUGUCCCCUGAGAUCCCCCCAUCCCCUGAGAUCCCCCCGUCCCCUGAGAUCCCCCCGUCCCCUGAGAUCCCACCAUCCCCUGAGAUCCACCCGUCUCCUGAGAUCCCCCCGUCCCCUGAGAUCCCACCAUCCCCUGAGAUCCACCCAUCCCCUGAGAUCCCCCCGUCCCCUGAGAUCCCCCCGUCCCCUGAGAUCCCCCCGUCCCCUGAGAUCCCCCCGUCCCCUGAGAUCCCCCCAUCCCCUGAGAUCCCCCCAUCCCCUGAGAUCCCCCCGUCCCCUGAGAUCCGCCAGUCCCCUGAGAUCCCACCAUCCCCUGAGACCCCUGAGAUCCGCCAGUCCCCUGAGAUCCCACCAUCCCCUGAGACCCCUGAGAUCCGCCAGUCCCCUGAGAUCCCACCAUCCCCUGCCCAGGAGAGUCAUCCAGAGGUCUGCCCCCAGAUGAAGCUCAGUUCAUCACUGCCCAUCGACCUUCCAAAGCCAGAGCCUCUGGGCGUGGACAAGCAUAGUGCGAAGAGGAGGGAAGAUGUUGACGUUACACCAGAGAGAGGAGCCUCAGCCCCCGUGUCAGUCACCCCUGUAUCCACCCCUGUAUCCACCCCUGUAUCCACCACCCCAUCCCCGGAGCCGUUGAAAAGGAAGUCCUCAUCCAGUGAACAGGAAGUAGAGCUGACUCCAGAGAAGAGGGCCCGCAUCACUCCACCAGCAGUAUCCGUGGUAACCUCUCCAGCAGCCACAGUAGCAACAGCACAGAGAGUGCCUCCGCUUAAGGUAAACAGUCAUUUUUUUAAACAAUUUAAUAUUGUAUAUUGGAAUGUAUUUGUGGUGAAUAAAAGCUUCAGGUACGAAUACUGUGUUUACUAAAACCAGGAAGGCCCACACAUAAAAAAACAACAACAAAAAACAUGUAUUUCUUGUUCACUUUGUUUUUCAGAUUACUGUGUCGCGAAUCCUAUCAGUCCCAGUCCUUGCAUCUCCAACCCAGGUAUCCCCCAAGACCCCUCUCCCUGUCUCCCUCAGUCCCAGUCCCAGCCCUGGUCCUAGCCCCGGACGCAUUGGUGCUCGCACUCUGGCUGACAUCAAGGCUAAAGCCCAGCUAGCCCGGACCCAACAUGCAGCAGCAGCUGCAGCCAGCUCCUCCUCUAAAGGUGCAGUACCAGGCCCAGGACCAGGAGGAGGCAGUGGAGAGCAAAUAAACCAUAGAGCUUCAGCCCAGACCCUCCACUCCAGACCCUCCUUCUCCACCCAAAGCUCCACCCAGUCUCAGUCAACCACCAGGCUGCCAGCAAGCAGCAACAUUGGUCAAUUUACCUGUCAAUCACCCGAUGCAGUCACCACACCAGCCCACUCCCGUUCUGUCCAAUCAGGCUCCUCUGUGCCCUUUGACCUUAGCCUGUCUCAAAGAAGCUCCAACACCAGCAGAGCGUCUCUCACUGAUGACCGACAGAGAGGCUACUCUGCUGGUAACAUGAACCUAGUUUCUCUGAUGGGCCCUCAACAUGGGAACAUUCAACAUACAUCAUACCCAUCAGGUCCCCAGUCAACCUCUAGCUACACUUCAUCUGUGUGUGGUGUGAAGAGCCAGUAUGUAUCUGGAGGCUCCAUGGCAGCCAGGGCUAGCCACUUCAUCCCAGCCAACAACCCUCUGGUCACCUCUCUCCUCCAGGGGAAAGAGAUCCCUCUGGAACAGAUCCUCCCCAAGCCGCUGGCCAAGGCAGAGGUCCAAGUGGCCCAGGCCAAACCCUCCCAUGAUGACAAAUGGAAGAUAAAGUCCCACAGCACAGCCGGGACAGCCAGUGGUGAAAGCCAGAUUCAGUACCUACACGUUGGUAGUGUGGAUGACUACAGUAGAUCUAAACAGCAAGGAUCCAUAGGCCAGUCUCCCUUAUUUAAGUUGGCAGAGCUCCAGCACCAUCAAAGGGAAACACCUAACAAAGACACCCAGGAGCAGAUCCUCCAGGCUCUGAUGCAGAGGACCACCCAGCAGCACCAGAACCAGCCGUAUGGGGUCUCGGGCGCAGGCGGGGCUCAGCGUACCCAGUUUGGAGCCUGUAAUCUGGGGCACCAGGAGGAGUGUGGGGACCGUCCCCGGUUCUCCGCUGGGUUCCCUGGACGGAAGAGGAUGUCCAGGCCUGCCAUGUCAGGGCACUACCUCCUCAAUGUCUCCACGUACGGACGAGGCUCAGAGAGCAGUAAAAGCUCCCACCCAUUGGCCACCGCUAACACCUCACUGACCCCUCAGGCCAAUCUGAAGAGAGAACACACAGAGGGAGAGGAGCUGGCUGACGAAUGGGAGGAGUCAGUGGAGAAUAAGCCUCAUUCUCAUUCUAACUCAGCGGGAGGAGUCAAGAUGGAACAGCAGGGCUUCUCAAUCACAAAAAUGGGUGAAGCUCUGGGCUUUCAACACUGUUCCAGGAUAAAAUCUGAGUCUCCAUCGGUGGAGGGCUGUCUACCGGAGCAGGAGGACAACAGUUCAGCCAGUACAGAGAGAGACAGUGGCACUUCUGCAAGAGCCAAAGAAACCAACCUUUUCACCCAAUCACAGCACAGGUGGCACCUGGAACUUUGCAAUAGUAAACUGGGUGGUCAUUGUGAGCCAUAUCGGGUAUCUAUAUCUCCCCACGUGGGGACCAUGGACCCCAGUCACCCCAGUACUCACCAGCAUUCGUCUGCCUUUCAAACCGAGAGACCUCCAAUCGAUAAUCAGGAAUCCAUGGUGGGGUCCUGCUACGGUGGCACCAUCAGCAUGUCUGUACCUCACGCUCUGAGUCUGAACCACAGUGCUGCUGUUUCAAGCACCGCUUCCAGCGCCUCCCCCUCUGUGUCAGGUAGUGGUGGGGACAGCGGCAGUGGCACCAGCAGUGUCAUGUCUUUCUCAGUGACCGUCACUACCAUACCUGCCGGUCACCCAUUGGACCACAGAAGCCAGGGGGAGGGGUCUCCAGAGCAGGGGUUUAUGGCGGGAUCUGGUAUAGAGGACGUUCAGUCUAAAUGCUACUGCCGACUCAAAGCUAUGAUCAUGUGUAAAGGGUGUGGGGCCUUUUGCCAUGACGAUUGCAUUGGCCCUUCGAAACUCUGUGUCUCGUGUCUAGUGGUACGAUAA